AUGGUGGACUACCACGCGGCGAACCAGUCGUACCAGUACGGCCCCAGCAGCGGGGGCAACGGCGCAGGCGGCGGGGGCAGCAUGGGCGACUACAUGGCCCAGGAAGACGACUGGGACCGGGACCUGCUGUUGGACCCGGCCUGGGAGAAGCAGCAGCGCAAGACCUUCACAGCCUGGUGCAAUUCCCACCUGCGGAAGGCUGGCACGCAGAUCGAGAACAUCGACGAGGACUUUCGAGAUGGGCUCAAGCUCAUGCUCCUCCUGGAGGUCAUCUCAGGUGAGCGGUUACCUAAGCCAGAGCGGGGCAAGAUGAGAGUGCACAAAAUCAACAAUGUGAACAAAGCACUGGAUUUCAUUGCUAGCAAAGGAGUCAAGCUGGUCUCCAUCGGGGCAGAAGAGAUCGUGGAUGGCAACGCAAAGAUGACGCUGGGGAUGAUUUGGACCAUCAUCCUCAGGUUCGCCAUCCAGGACAUCUCGGUGGAAGAGACCUCUGCCAAGGAAGGGCUCCUUCUCUGGUGCCAGAGAAAGACAGCUCCAUACAAGAAUGUCAAUGUGCAGAACUUCCACAUCAGCUGGAAGGACGGUCUUGCCUUUAAUGCCCUGAUCCACCGGCACAGGCCUGAGCUCAUCGAGUAUGACAAGCUGAGAAAGGACGACCCAGUCACCAACCUGAACAAUGCCUUUGAAGUGGCAGAGAAAUACCUAGACAUCCCCAAAAUGUUGGAUGCAGAGGACAUCGUGAACACGGCUCGGCCCGACGAGAAGGCCAUAAUGACCUAUGUGUCCAGCUUCUACCAUGCCUUUUCGGGAGCGCAGAAGGCUGAGACAGCCGCCAACCGGAUCUGCAAGGUGCUGGCUGUCAAUCAGGAAAAUGAACACCUGAUGGAAGAUUACGAGAGGCUGGCCAGUGACCUUCUGGAGUGGAUCCGGCGCACCAUCCCCUGGCUGGAGGACCGCGUGCCCCAGAAGACCAUCCAGGAGAUGCAGCAGAAGCUGGAGGACUUCCGAGACUACCGGCGAGUCCACAAGCCGCCCAAGGUGCAGGAGAAGUGCCAACUGGAGAUCAACUUCAACACUCUGCAGACCAAGCUGCGCCUCAGCAACCGGCCCGCCUUCAUGCCUUCUGAGGGCAGGAUGGUCUCGGAUAUCAACAACUGCUGGCAGCACCUGGAGCAGGCCGAGAAGGGCUACGAAGAGUGGCUGCUGAAUGAGAUCCGCAGGCUAGAGCGGCUUGACCACCUCGCAGAGAAGUUCCGGCAGAAAGCCUCCAUCCACGAGGCUUGGACCGAUGGGAAGGAAGCCAUGCUGAAGCACCGGGACUACGAGACGGCCACCCUGUCGGACAUCAAAGCCCUCAUCCGCAAGCACGAGGCCUUCGAGAGCGACCUGGCUGCACAUCAGGACCGCGUGGAGCAGAUCGCAGCUAUUGCCCAGGAGCUCAAUGAGCUGGAUUACUAUGACUCCCACAAUGUCAACACCCGGUGCCAGAAGAUUUGCGAUCAGUGGGAUGCCCUUGGCUCUCUGACCCACAGUCGCAGGGAAGCCUUGGAGAAAACAGAGAAGCAGCUGGAGACCAUUGACCAGCUGCACCUGGAAUAUGCCAAGCGGGCAGCCCCCUUCAACAACUGGAUGGAGAGUGCCAUGGAGGACCUCCAGGACAUGUUCAUCGUCCACACCAUCGAGGAGAUCGAGGGUCUGAUCUCAGCCCAUGACCAGUUCAAGUCAACGCUGCCAGAUGCCGACAGGGAACGGGAGGCCAUUCUGGCCAUCCACAAGGAGGCCCAGAGGAUCGCCGAGAGCAACCACAUCAAACUGUCAGGCAGCAACCCCUACACCACCGUCACCCCCCAGAUCAUCAACUCCAAGUGGGAGAAGGUGCAGCAGCUGGUGCCCAAACGGGACCAUGCCCUCCUGGAGGAGCAAAGCAAACAGCAGUCCAAUGAGCACCUCCGCCGCCAGUUCGCCAGCCAAGCCAACAUCGUGGGGCCCUGGAUCCAGACUAAGAUGGAGGAAAUCGGGCGCAUCUCCAUCGAGAUGAACGGGACCCUGGAGGACCAGCUGAGCCACCUGAAGCAGUAUGAGCUCAGCAUUGUGGACUACAAGCCAAACCUGGACCUGCUCGAGCAGCAGCACCAGCUCAUCCAGGAGGCCCUCAUCUUCGACAACAAGCACACCAACUACACCAUGGAGCACAUCCGAGUGGGCUGGGAGCAGCUGCUCACCACCAUAGCCCGCACCAUCAACGAGGUUGAGAACCAAAUCCUCACCCGAGAUGCCAAGGGCAUCAGCCAGGAGCAGAUGCAGGAGUUCCGGGCAUCCUUCAAUCACUUUGACAAGGACCACGGCGGGGCGCUGGGGCCAGAGGAAUUCAAGGCCUGCCUCAUCAGCCUGGGCUACGACGUGGAGAAUGACCGGCAGGGGGAUGCUGAGUUCAACCGCAUCAUGAGCGUCGUCGACCCCAACCACAGCGGCCUCGUGACUUUCCAAGCCUUCAUCGACUUCAUGUCUAGGGAAACUACCGACACAGACACAGCCGACCAGGUCAUCGCCUCCUUCAAAGUCCUGGCUGGGGACAAGAACUUCAUCACAGCCGAGGAGCUUCGGAGAGAGCUGCCCCCUGACCAGGCCGAGUACUGCAUUGCCCGCAUGGCACCGUACCAGGGCCCUGAUGCGGUGCCCGGUGCCCUUGACUACAAGUCCUUCUCUACAGCCCUGUACGGCGAGAGUGACCUGUGAGGCUCCCACGGAGAGCCCUGACCAAACACCCCCUCCUCACAGCCUCCAGGAGGGGCUGGGAGAGCCCCUCUCCCUGCUGCGGGGCCUCCCUGGUCCUGUUCCUCUGACUCUGUAUCUAUGCAAAGCACUCUGUCAGUCCUUUCUGGGGGGUGGGGCGGGUGGGCAGGGAGGGGCUGGGGCAGGCUCUCUCCUCUCUCUUUGUCAGUUGGCCAGGAGGUUCUCUCCCGCUCCCCCUGGAUAGGGGUACUGGAGACUUUUGGGGGUCAACACUUCUGGUCUGGUAAAUAUAUAUGAUGUAUUGGUUUGUUGUUGUUUUUAACCAUGUGGAGGGGACAGUGGAUCCCCACAGCAAAACAGGUCCCCUCCGGGCCCAAGGAAUGCCCACCACAACCUGCCCCUUCCUUUUUCCCCCCUGAGGUCCCUUCAAGGCCUCCCACAUCUAGGCCAAAGCCCUAUGUGCCUUGUCCAGGAACUGCUCACACCUGUGAUGGGCCCAGCAGAGGGCACCACAGCUACCCAAUAGGAAAGAGGACCCACCCUGCUCCCUUUACCCCUCCCCUCCUUUGCGAUUGCCAGGAGGUGGGGGAGUGCAGCUCAGUGUCCCCUUCUGCAACAGAGGAGUGGAUUGGGCACCCAGCCUUCUACCCCUGCCCCCAGCCGCUCACACCUGGCUUUGUCUGGACCUGGGUCUCUCUCAGAUCUUCUAAGGACCAAAACCAAAACAAAAAAACAAAAAAACACACAAAAUCACCAAAAAAAAGAAAGCUAUAAAAAAUUUAAACCUUUCAGAGAAUUACUAUUUACUUUAUUAAGUUACGGAUUUAUUAUAUAAAUAUAUAUUCACCUAGCAACAUAUCUUUGCCGCCUCUUGCUCAUAAUGAAGACAUAGCUGAUUUGCUCCCCUCCCCCAGCCCCUUACUGAUUUUUCUGUUGUCUGCCGUCAGGCAUGGGUCUCUGGGGACCCUCCUGAGGUGGGGGGUGGGCUGCUGGCCUGGCUGCCUGUUAGUUGAUGGUUUUGUUCCUUUCCCAUUUCCCUUUUGUUUUAUUUGGAUUGAUUUUUUUUCUUGGUUUCUGGAUAAACCACCCUUCUGGGGACAGGAUAAUAAACCUAAUAUUUUUAA